CAACAGUCAGCCAGCCAACCAGCCCAUCUCAUCUCACUUGAUCGCACCCUUUGUACUGAGCCGUUUCUGCACAAGAUCACGGCGAGGAUGUCGUCGACGGCCACCGUCACCCGCGCCCACCUCGAGAACAAGCUCGCCCUCGCCAGACGCUGCUCCAGAGAGGCGACGCUCGCCGGAGCAAAGGCGGCGGCCAUCGCCACGGUCGCGUCUGCGGUCCCAACGCUGGCGAGCGUGCGGAUGCUGCCGUGGGCCAAGGCGAACCUGAACCCCACCGGCCAGGCGCUCAUUGUUUGCACCGUCGCCGGGAUGGCCUACUUCGUCGCCGCCGACAAGACUAUCCUCUCGCUGGCAAGGAAGCACUCGUACGAGAGCGCCCCGGACCACCUCAAGGACACCUCCUUCCAUGGCGCCGCCGCCGCAACUCGUCCCCGUCCGCCGGCAUUCUUCAGGCCUUGAGCUAGUAUUAUCCUGCUAAUGUAUGAUAGCACGCGCUUGUCCGUUGCGCGUAUUCUAGAAAAAAUGUAUGCAUCCUUGUCAGUGUCCCAACGCAAGAAACUGCUGCGCCGGAAUGUAUUAUGUAUGCACAUGCUUUACAUCUGUGUACUGAAUAAAACUGAGGGUUCGAUCCUGGUUUCA